CAGCAGACUUUCUCCAUAUAAUAGCGGGAAGCAGGACGACAGCUUCUAAAAGAGAGAGCAGACAACAACUCAUAUGGUGGUGGAAUAACUCUGAAAACCUAAAGUGAACAGAAUCAGAAAAUGUGUAAAGGAUUAGCUGCCCUUCCCCAGACAUGCCUGGAAAGGGCUAAGGAGAUCAAGACUAAAUUGGGAAUUCUGCUUCAGAAGCCAGAGAAUUCCAUCGACCUUAUUAUCCCCUACCAAGAAAAGCCUGAGAAGAAACCAGAGAAGCUUCAGAAACCCACACCUGAAGAAGCAGCCCAGUGGCGUGAGACCCUUGAGAAGCUCCUUUCCAACAGCUACGGCCUGGCCACCUUCAAGAGCUUCCUCAGAUCUGAGUUCAGCGAAGAAAAUAUUGAGUUCUGGGAGGCUUGCGAGGAUUUCAAAAAGACCAAGUCCCCUCUGAAAAUGGCCAUCAAAGCAAAUAAGAUUUAUGAGGACUUCAUUCAGACUGGUGGUCCCAAAGAGGUGAACAUUGACCACUUCACCAAAGAUGUGACUCUUAGGAACCUGGUGGAUCUUUCUCCCUCCACCUUCGAGCUGGCUCAGAGCCGGAUCUACACCCUGAUGGAGAAAGACUCCUUCGGCCGGUUCCUGCGGUCUGAGCAGUACCAGGAGCUCCUCAAGUAAACUGACAUGUCCAGCUGCAGGGGGACUCAGCUCUUUGGUCACAAAUUCAAAUCAUUAUCCUCAAACUAAAAGUCAUAAAUAUACAUUUCUGACACACUUCUAAAACUCAUUAAACAAUACCACGGUGGUUAUUUGGUAAAACACCAGGCACAGUUGCAAUGUCUCCCUGCAGCUGACUGAACUGGCCCACUGCUAAUAAGAACAUCUUAACAUAAAUUGUUCAAAUUAAUAUGAUUCCUGCCCAGUGCUGUGAAUGUCAAGCACUUCAAUAAGAGAAGUUGAUUAGGGCUUAAGAUACAGUAUGCAUUGCUCCUUAUAAAAGUGUGAGUUGUCAUUGGAAAUCAUUUAAUUUGUACAAGUGCAAAAUGCAAAGGAUUUAAAGAGCCUCUUAAAAUCUUGUAUAUAUAAUGUCCUAUUAAUCGGAGUCACACUCUGAUCCCUGUAGACUAAAUAAAGACUAAAACUGAUCCCCGCUUGUAAUGUAUGGCUUUUCGGAAAGUGCAGAAGUGGUUUAUGUACUUCUGAUGAGGACGUUCUGACCCAAGCAUCUAAGCAGCAUGUUCAUCAAGGGGAAGAGGCUGGGAAAUGGGAAACGGGAGAGUGUGGGCUUUUUCUUGGAAAUGUCUGUGUUGACUUUAAAAUGUUCAAAUGGUAAACCAAUGAAAAUCAUUGUGAAACAACCCACUUAGUACUAAUAGCUUCACUAUAAGUCAUAGCUAUAAAAAAAAGAGUGUGACAUGUUAAGAUUCACUCAAGUCUAUGGGAACUUGUUGUUUGGGUUACCGUUGUUGGAAGUAGCUAAGAUGAGAAUAUCAAGUAGGAGGGAAUCUCUAUAAAGCACUGGGCACAUAAUCUUUUAUUCUAAAGGAAAUGUUUCUUUCCAUGCCACUUUAAAAGCAGAACACAUUUAGAUGAAGUCAUGGAAACCCGAAACAUCCAAGUACAACCCCCCUAUAUAUGUAUAUGUAUAUAUAUAUAUAUAUAUAUAUAUAUAUAUAUAUAUAUAUAUAUAUAUAUAUACACACACACACACACACAAACACACACACACACUGUAAUACCUAUAAACUAUUAUACUCUAAACAAGAAUGAUUACUGCAAAAUGUUAUUGAAGUUAUCAUCGCCCUUAGCAUGUGCAGACAGUCGUGAGUUGUAAGUCAAGUUGUUCCAGACAGAACGGCAUAUCAAACAUAUGUAACCCACAAGUGUGAUAUUCAGUGUCCUUUUGCAUGUUUUUAUUUUACGUGUGUUUCACAGACACAUCUACUCUUGCAUGUUUCUUAAUUAUACUGUGUGUAGCUAAAUCUAAUAACAUUCAUAUUAUGAGCAGUGGUAGGUGCCUCCAGAAGUCCUUACUGAUGCCCCAAAAACAAAUUAUUAGUUCACUGCAGGACAGAUUUAGUUUAAUAUGGCCAUCAAUAACUGGGCAUCACCAUCUAAAUUCAAGAUAAAUUGAAUUCAUUCCACAAGAACUUUAAGAGCAGCAACAGCUCUUUUAGUUCAUUAAAAAAUAUACAUAUUUUUAGGUUUUUUUAUUUUUUUUUUUUGGCUAGAGAAAAUAAGGGAAUUAUCAAAGUCGUCAGUAAGGACUGACAGAGUACCUUCUUAUACCAGAAAUCUGCACAAAAAAAAAAAAACUAUAUGCAUGUAUGUUUGUAGUUGAUCAUAUAAAAUCCUUAAUCACAUUAAAGUUCUGAAGAUUUUA